AAGAGGGGAAGGUCUAUACAUUAGGGGCUUGGUCUUGCAAAACAAAACCACAGGCAGACUUGCAGAAGAAGGACAGUUCCACCAUGCCCAGCCUAGCACUGCUAUGUUGCCUGGUCUUCUUGGCUGGGGUGGGAGCCCACCAAGGCCAGAGUACCCAGUCUGAGAACAGCUGCACCCACUUUCCAGCCAGCCUGCCCAACAUGCUCCGAGAGCUUCGAGAUGCCUUUGGCAAGGUGAAGACUUUCUUUCAAACAAAGGAUCAGCUGGACAACAUGUUGUUAAAUGAGUCCUUGCUGGAGGAUUUUAAGGGUUAUCUGGGUUGCCAAGCCUUAUCUGAGAUGAUCCAGUUUUACCUGGAGGAGGUGAUGCCGCAGGCUGAGAACCAUGAACCAGGCAUCAAAGAGCAUGUGAACUCCCUAGGAGAAAAGCUGAAGAAUCUCAGGCUGAGGCUGCGGCGCUGUCACCGGUUUCUUCCCUGUGAAAAUAAGAGCAAGGCAGUGGAGCAGGUGAAGAGCACUUUCAGUAAGGUGAGCAUGGAGGUGGUAGAGAGGGCUUGCAGAGCACAGCCUCUGCCCACUCCCCAAAGGGUAGAGGGUGGCAGGUGUCAGCAGGCCCCUCCUUCAACUGGAGGGGCCUGGGAACCUGACAAAUGGUGUGACCUCCUCAGCCAGUGAGGAGCCGGCUCCUCGGUUAUAUUUGUAUUCUGUUAAGUGUCUCUGGGGUUUCUAAAUGACUGCACUCUGCCUUUGCAGGCUUGUGGGUUGAGCUGGCCAGCCAGCCUAUGAACACAGUGAGCUGGGUGCUGGGGAGAGUGACAAAGGAAACAGAAAGUACAGAAAGUAGCUUGUUGGGAAUCUAGGUUGAACUCACACGUGCAGGAAGCUGACACGUGAAUGUGAAGACACAAACACACCUAGGAGUUCGGCCUGAACGCCUCAAAACUCAGAAGGAGCAGGAAACAGAAUUCUCACUUAUCCAGAGUGGAUUCAAGUUCAUUUUCCUUCUGCCCCUUGGACUCCCAAGGUGCCUGAGAAUGUCAACUCCCGAACCAAAUGGGGUUUCACACUUCCAACUGUUCGUGAACCUCCUAAAAGACCAUUUCCCAGAAAUCAUGUGGCCAUGCCCUGCAUUUGUGGGCUGAGGACAGACACUGGGCAGGGUUUCAACAUCAGGAGACAUGAAUCUCCUGACAGUAAGCCAGCAUAGCAGGGCAGGUCCUGCUCAGAGUUGGUGGGAGAGCUCAGAUGUGAAAAAGGCACUUUUCUCUCUAAAAUCACUGUCAUGCUUUUAAGGUACUUCCUCCAGUAUCUUUUCAUCAAAUUUUGCAUAAGCACCAUGUGAACACAUGGCCUUUAAAAUUCUUUAAAAGGCAGCAUUUUGAAGACUAUGCUUUGCAAACAUCCAGUAUGGCAACCCUUUGGACUCUAGGAUGUAAAUUGGAGAUCUCCAAAAUCUGAGCCAAUGUUCUAGGAUAGCCAACCCAGUUGUAUAGUCCCCUUGCUACCUGAUAGCUGUGCUCAGGUUGGGAGGAAAAAAGGUCUAUGCACUGCCUUUCCCAAGGCAGCUGGACAUGUCCUGGGGCUCACCUGACAUCAUGAGUUAUGCCUAUCCCAGUGUAAGGGAACCCAUUUAAUCCUAGAUGGGGUUUUAACUAAA